AUGGCAGGCCCUGAUCUCCCCAGUAUGCAGCACCCGAAGUCCAACCGUUUGAGGCUGUUCCCCUCCGAUCCUCCUGUCCCUUCUGGCCCUUCUGUUCAGACAGCGCCAGCUCAAGACUGGAUAACCUGGAGGUCAUGGAAAACUUGUGCGGUGGACCUAUUGAAUAUCCCAAAAGAGAUGAAUACCCAUGAUAUCUACGAUGCUUUUCACCAGUAUGGGAAUCUGAUCUCUAUUGACCUUUGGGAGGACGCCUCAGGAGGUCCUGAUUCCAGAGCACGCAUCCGUUUCAAACCCCCUUCAAAUGAAGAUUUCUGGAGAACAGGCUCUUUCGGUGUGAGGCUACGGAGUGGCCGUGUUGCAGUGAUAUCGCUCUCUAUCUGCUGUGGUGACUCAAACGGGGUAAUCCCAAGUCCAGUCCGCCCAGAUGUUCGGCUCCCAGGUGAACUGGAAUUGAAAACUGUACAAGUCGACAUCGGAGUCCUCCUAGGUCCAUCUACUAUUCAUUCUAUGCAAAGCUUUAACAACUUGGCAUAUCCCAGAUGUGUUGUAGAUGUCAUGCGCAAGUGCUUAUUGCUUUACUUCAAAGUGGGCAUCCGGGGAUCGGAUACUGCAGAUGUGACCCAGCAUGACUAUCGUGUCAAAAUUACUUUUCUUCAAUUGACUCAGAUUUACCAACAACAAGACAAAGACACGAGACAACGGUCCUUUUUGAUUGUCCUAGACUCUGCUGCCAUCUGGCAUCGAAAGGCCAAAGACAUUCGAUCCACAUUGACCGAGCCGUUGAGCUGGAGAGAAGAGGAUAGUUGGUAUCGCCAGACCUCCGUGACACAUAACCCAAACUCGCUAAAGAACCUUCCAACCAAUCUGAAGAAGUCAGGACAUAUCAUUGACUUGGGCCGAUGGAACAUGUUCAAGAUCUCAUUUGCACCCGAUGUGGACCCCAAUAUCCGUCGAACCGGCGACACCAGUCACCAUCUGAUGCUCGUCGAGGAUAUUUUCAAGGACUAUAAUAUCUUGAUCAAAGAUGGGAGCCACUUCCUCGAGAACCCCAACCGACCGGUACCAGUGUGGCAUUGGAUUGACUUUUCUCAGUCCAAGUCCAGCAAGGCUUCCGCAUUACUGCAAGACUUGGGGGAUGAAAACUAUCUACACCUCCCCUUCAGAGCCCGGUAUCAACUGGAGGUUUGCUUGUCCCAGGGAUACCUCUCUGAAUUCACAAUGACCCGCGAAUUUGUAGAGAGAGCGAAGCAACUUGGAGAAGACAAAGCUACCAGACUGCUAGAGUUUGUUGCAACUGAAAAGAAACAAUACCUUGAUCCCAUGGAAAUUUUUGGUCUCAAGUUUUUCAAAGGAGUUACAGACUCAAGGAUCCCGAACUACUGUUGCUUCAUGCACACAGCACGAGUCACACCGACUACAAUUUACUACAACACUCCAACUGUAGACAUCUCAAAUCGAGUCGUGCGUGAAUGGUCGAAUAAAGGUGCACCUGGACGCUUUCUUCGAGUUCGUUUUACAGAUGAAAAAACCGAAGGUCGCAUUAACGCGUCACUGAGCGAUUCCAACGACGAAAUCUACACCCGUGUCAAAAGGACACUGGCCAACGGUAUCACCAUCGGAGACCGUCGCUACGAGUUCCUCGCAUUCGGUAACUCUCAAUUCCGCGAGCAUGGCGCAUACUUCUUUGCACCGGAUGCUGGCGUUUCAGCAGCAACCAUCCGGGCCUGGAUGGGCCAAUUCAACCACAUCCGAAAUGUCGCCAAAUAUGCUGCAAGACUGGGACAGUGUUUUUCGACCACCCGAGCUUUCACUGGAUCCUCUGUUCAAACUGCUACAUGUGCUGACGUUGUUCGUAACGACUUCACGUUCUCAGAUGGAGUUGGAAAGAUUUCCAAAUUCCUUGCCCAGAUGGUCACGUCCCAACACAAAAUCAAAACUCUCACUGGAGAUCCUCCUUCGGCCUUCCAGUUUCGUCUUGGGGGAGCCAAGGGCAUGUUGGUUGUCUCCCCGGACCCUCUGCCUCAUCAGGUACACCUUCGGCCAAGUCAACAAAAGUUUGAAACUAAUCAAGCCGGCUUAGAGAUCAUUCGUUGGUCCCAAUAUUCUCUAGCAACUUUGAACCGACAGUUGAUUCUCGUACUUUCUGCUCUGGAUAUCUCAGAUGGAGUUUUCCAUAGCAAACUCAACAGCAUGUUGGGUGGCUUCCAUCGAGCCAUGGGCAAUGAUUCGAAAGCAAUUAACCUUCUCCAGAAGUACAUUGACCCAAAUCAAACGACCCUUAUCUUGGCCCAGAUGGUAUCCGAUGGCUUCCGACGAAAUGACGAGCCGUUUGCCAAUACCAUGCUAGAGCUUUGGAAAUCCUGGCAUCUGAAGCAUCUCAAAGAGAAAGCAAGGAUUGCCAUAGACCAAGGAGCCAACCUCCUCGGCGUCAUGGACGAAACUGGUGUUUUGAAAGGCUUCUUUAAAAGCAAAUUGCCACGAGAAAGAGCUACCAAUGCGGAGAAAUUGGCCGCUCUUCCUGAAAUCUUUGUCCAGAUCUGCCGGCUAGAUGGAGAUGGCGAGUACGAAGUCAUUGAAGGUCUCUGCAUUCUUGCUCGAAACCCUUCUCUUCACCCUGGAGAUAUCCGCGUGGUUCGAGCAGUGAACCGACCAGAACUGCAUGCACUUCGGGACGUGGUUGUGCUUCCCCAAACUGGCGACCAGGAUAUUGCGAGCAUGUGCUCUGGGGGUGACCUUGACGGUGAUGACUACCUCAUUAUUUGGGACCCCGAUCUGAUUCCCAAGAAAUGGUUCGUCGAAUGUAUGGAUUACAAGGGUUCCAAAGCCCCAGACCUUGAUCACGAUGUGACAGUUGAUGAGAUCACUUCGUUCUUCGUCACCUAUAUGAAGAAUGACUGUCUCCCUCGAAUUGCACACGCUCAUCUGGCUUGGGCUGACAGACUCCCGAGGGGCGUGUGGGAAGACAAGUGCAUCCGUCUCGCUCAGCUUCAUUCUGAUGCGGUGGACUACAACAAGAGUGGUGCGCAUGCGAGAAUGGCCCGCUCACUGGAUCCCAAGUUCUGGCCCCAUUUCAUGGAGAAGCGGUUUAAAAGAGCGUCCAGCAUUUACAGGUCCAAAAAGAUUCUCGGUCAACUAUACGACGCAGUGGUCACUCCUGACUUCGUUCCCAAGCUAGAGAAGCCCUUUGACUCUCGCAUUCUGGAAUCCCCGCUAGCUCCAGCUAGUGAGACCUACAUGGAAUAUGCCCGCGAGCUCAAGGCAGAAUUUGACAUGAACAUGCGACAAAUUAUGGCUCAGUAUGAGAUCAACACUGAGUUUGAGGUGUGGUCAACUUUUGUACUCCGUCACGGCUUCGUAAUCAGGGAUUACAAGAUGCAAGAAGACCUAGGCAGGAUUGUGGGUACACUCCGCCGUGGUUUCCGCCAUCAAUGCUACGACAAAGCUGGCCGUCAUGGAGGAAACAUCCCUGCCUUAGUCGUUGCCAUGUAUCGUGUUACCCAGGAGCAGGUAGCUGCAGCACUGGACGCUCGGCGCAAGGAGGCACUACAGAGAAAGGAUAUUUCCAUUGUUGAAGUGAACUCGACUGAGCUUCCGCUCAUUAGCUUCCCGUGGAUUUUCCCCGAUGUCCUCGGUGAUGUUGCGACGGGCCGGGCAAGACAGGCUCUGGCCCCAGAGGGAGAAGGAGGUGGCGAUUCUGCAAAGCCUAUCGGCGACGGAGUGGUCUUCACUCACCGGCAGAUCCUCAAGAUCAUGGAAGAUACUGAUGAGGAAAUGAAGCCGAAGACUGAGAACACGAAGCUGGAGGCUAACGCUGGUGCUAACUCCGUGCCCACACCACCCCCAAAUCAAGAAUUCAUUGCUCGUCGACGCAUUGAUAAACCUAAACCCAAACCCGAAGACGAAGACGAAGAUGCGGGCGUGUGCUUCGACGAGGAUGAUGAUAACGAUGGAGGCGUGGAGAUAGGCGAAAAGGUCGAGAAGAUCGAAAAAGAGGAGGCUAUAACGGAGGACAUUGUGGAAAUGGAGGGCGAUGUGCAGCCUUCAGCGCUUGACGCGCUGAUCAAUAUGAUUAAUAACUGA